AUGGUUUACGUCGGUAUUCCGAAGAACUACACGCAGUCCCCGUCGUCGUUCGCGGGGACUCCGUCUCUGACUAUCAAUUACGAGGCCACCCAGGACCUCGAUUCGAGCAAUGCCUUUGAAGGCCCUGAGAAAUUGCUCGAGGUGUGGUUUGCGCCAUCGGCCAGUGAGCUUGGCACUGCCGGCCCCGAAGGCUUGAAGAAGGUGCCGGGCGAGAUUUGGAAGGAUAUGCUGGACCUGGUCAACUGCCAAGUCCUGUCCGUUGUCUCCUCCGAGGAUGUGGACGCUUACCUGCUGUCCGAAUCCAGCAUGUUCGUUUGGCCCCACAAGCUGAUCCUCAAGACCUGUGGCACCACGACUCUUCUGUCGGGUCUUCCCCGCAUCCUGGAAAUUGCCGCUCUUUUCGCGGGCUUCCCUCGCGCGACGGCUCCGCCAUCGCGCGGUAUUUCCGUCGCCGCCGCGCCUUACCGCGUCUUCUACAGCCGCAAGAACUACCUGUUCCCAGACCGUCAACGCGGGCCCCACCGAAGCUGGCGCGAUGAAGUGCGUAACAUGGACAAGCUGUUCCAGAACGGAAGUGCCUACAUGAUUGGCAAGAUGAAUGGCGAGCAUUGGUAUCUGUACUUGACCGAGCCUCACACCUUGCUCACCCCCCCAGCUACUCCCAAGGAGGAAGAUGGUGAGGGCGGCUUCACCGAGACUGAGACCAAGGUCCUCAGCUUCCCCCGAUCUGCUCCCAUCGCUGACUGCGACGAGCACGAUGAGACCCUCGAGGUCCUGAUGACCGACCUGGACGAGGAGAAUGCGAAGCAGUUUUACCUGGAUCACGCUACAGCCGUGGCUCAGAAGCGUCACCGCAAGUCCAAUGUCGAUGACGAGCACCUUGACGUGUUCGACAAUGGCUCUGACCCCGAGGAUCCUGAUGCAGAUGCUUUGCCUGCCGAGCUGACCACCGAAGGGCACGCUCUGGGCACCGUGGUGUCGGAUGCCUGCGGUCUGUCCGACGUCUAUCCGAAGAGCAAGUUCCCCGACGCUCGCAUCGAUGCCUACUUGUUCACUCCUUGCGGAUUCUCGGCCAACGGUGUGGUGCCUGCUCCGGACGGCAAUGCUCCCACCCACUACUUUACCGUGCACGUGACCCCGGAGCCGCAGUGCUCAUACGCGUCCUUCGAGACCAACGUCCCGCACUCGCAGAAUGGCAAGACCACCGCCGACAUCAUCCAGCAGGUCGUUGACAUCUUCAAGCCUGGCCGCUUCAGCAUCACUCUGUUUGAGACCAAGCCUUCUGUCGAAGACCUGGGUAACGAUGCAACGAGCUUCAACGAGCUUCAUGCCCAGCGUCAGGCCAUGCGACGUAACCCCAAGAUGGAGCAAAUCGAGGGUUACCGCCGCGUGGAUCGUAUUGUUCACGACCUGAACGGAUACGAUCUGGUCUUCCGCUACUACGAGCGCGACGACUGGAAGGGUGGCGCCCCUCGUCUUGGAGAGAAGUUCUAG